AUGGGGUUCUUACGUCGAAGGGCCAACAAAGUGAAUGCCGCUGAGGCAGUCCCCAUGGAAACUCUGCCGACCUCGGCAUCACAAGCCAAGGCUGAUCUCGAAAAGGAGGCCAGGAAGAAAAACACGCUGCUUGGGGGGCAGCAUCCAUUGUUAGAGCAAGCCGUUGUCAACUUCAUAAUACUGAUGACCCUCGCACUGUGUUAUUUCAUCCUCAAGAAGUUCAUCUGA